UCUCCCGAUGGAUGUGGGGUGCCAAGGGUGGGAUACACACGAGUGAAAUGUGUCCAUUCAAAUUCCGAGGAUUCUAACCAGAAGUCUCCCGUACGAAUAUAGUUCCAUCCCAUCUGGAACCAUGGUCAGUGAAAGUCUUUCAGUAAUUAUUCCUCACAGCGUCCUUUUUCUUCCUUCACUGGCUCAUUACUAAUCCAAUUCCAUCGGCAAAUACCCCUCUUGUCGUCCCCCUUCGACUCGUCUCUCUUCCAUCUAUAACAGAACGGGUAAUAACAUUGCAUCCGUGGAUUAAUUAGGAAACCAAUUCUCCAAAUUGACUCUUUCCGUGCGGUGCACACACUCUGAAAUUAUUUACAUCGGAUCUUCCUCCUUCAGCAAUAAUCCUUUGUUGCUCAAUUUUCUCGGAACAAGGAGCAGUGUUGAAUAUACGCACAUAAACGUAUUGUAAAUUACAAUUUGUAAUUGCCCAAACAAGCCGAAGUGAGGUUAUAAAGAAAGGUGUAUUUGGCAUCCUUGUUUCAUGUCGAGUUAUUACAAACAAGAAACUAUGAAGAAGAUGAAACAUAACAAAUUGUCAAAAGUCAUUGAUUUAGCAGUACGAGUUCUACUAGAGUUUUCAGGAAAGUGAAAUAUUUAACAUUGAAAAUUGUGGCUUUACUUUUAUACCACAUCGACGCUUGUUGUAAAUAGUUUUAGUAAGCACAUAAGCACAUAUAUUUGUUUCGUCUCAACCUUGUAAAUUAUCAAUUUGUAGGAAAUCGUCAUUUUCAGUUGAUUCGGCCAGUAUAAACUUUGGAAUCCAGUGAAAUUGAAAUUACGUUGAUUCAUAGUGAAAUAAGAACAAAACAAGUGCUUAACAUUGUCUGAAGUGAAAUGAAAAUGAAGACAUUCCAGAAGAAAGACAAAGUCAUGGAAGAGUGUCACCAAGCUGGUUUCCACGACGGAAUUCGGAGGAAGUAUUUCGACUUCUGCUGGCUGGUGUAACAUGGAUGGGUCCGGUUGGAAAGUGGAAAGACAGUUUCAGCACAGUUUGAGCCAGUCAACAACUCGAGUUUUGCAAAGCCAAAAUAUCCGCGUCUCCUCCUCCACCAAUUUUAGACAAACACAGUUUCCUUUGAUCAUGGAGGAAACUGCUUGGAAUAACGACGCAACCUCCUCCUCCUCACCGGAGAUGGAAUUGCUAAAGAAGAAAAUGAUGGAAAAGAUGUCUUUUGACAUGCCCAUGCCCAUGCCAAACGCGAUGACCACCACAACCACCACCAACUUUCCCUCCAGCCUUCUCAAUGGCUCCUCCCUCUCGGGGAUGAUGUCCAAGGAUGGCUUCUCGAUGACGACGAGAGAAAUCAAGGCUGUCAAGAUGGAACAGGCACAAGUACAAUUCUCCUCAUCCUCCUCGAGAUCUUCGUCCCAGCAGACGAGUGGGAGUCUAAUUUCUGGUCAAAUUGGGAGUAGUGUUGUGGGUGGAACGCCGACUAGCAGUUCGUGGAUGACGAGUAUGAAUUUGGGGGGUGUUCAAGCGAUGGAAAAGAAAAUGGCGUCGUCAUCCACGAUAAGCUCCAAUUCAUCGUGUGCUUCCACGACAGCUUCUGCCACGCUUGGAAUGGGGGUGACGAGGAGUUUUUCGUCUUCGUCAGGUUUCCCCCCAACCUCCAUGUCCAGUGGAUCGAUUCAUUCGGACGGGGUUGAUUCCGGACUGUCCUCUUCGAAUGCCCUGGUUUCCAGUAACUUUCCAUCGUUUGGUGGUUCCGCCUCGUUCUCUCCCCUCAAAAGGCCCUUUGGGUUUAGAAACUUUGACCGACCGCUGUGGAUUGACAUGCCGUUUGGAGCGAAGGAUAACCAAGCUAAUAUACGAAACACAUGGGACCCUGCCAUGAUGUUGAGUAUGAAAAACUCUGGAAGUCAAGUUCAGUUUAGUGCGUCACAACAUACAUUUUUUGAAGCGUCAAACGGUUCAUUUAGGGCGUUUAAAGAUCAGCGUGUUUUCCUAAGACAAUCGUACGGUGCUUCUGAAUCCGAAUCGGAAAAUGAGGAUGAUGACGAUUCCGACUCUGACUUUAGGAGUUUCAUAACAUAUCCAAAUAAGCGAUCGCUGACGUACAAGCCGAAAUUGGCCAUUGCUGAGAAACCAUAUUACGAACCCUCUGAAACAGAUGAUACCAGCUCCGUUGCACCUUCAGAUUUGGAUACCAGUCCCAGAGACAGCAUUAUCGAGACUUCCCUCCCUUCCACACCUGAACAUCGCAAAUGUUUCAAAGUUGCUCAAGAACUCCUCACAACGGAAAGAACCUACGUUAAGAUUUUACACCUUAUCGAUCAAAUUUUCCACUUUCGGGUUGAUCAAGAAAAUCGAGUCCAACAAAUGUUCCCUCAGGAAACUAUCACUCAAAUCUUUUGCAAUAUCAAAUCUCUCUUCAAACUACAUAAUGAUCAUUUACUGCCAAAAUUAGAAGAAAGGCUGUCCAAAUGGGACGAUAAUCCAAAAAUUGGGGACAUCAUGACUAACUUUUCUCCAUUCUUGAAAAUGUAUUCGGAAUACGUUCAAAAUUUUGAUAACUCGAUCAACCUCAUUAACGUGUAUCGGGAAAAGAAUACGAGGUUCAGACAAAUUAUUGAUGACAUUCAGAAACUCGAAGACUGUGGAAAUCUUCCAAUUCAACACCACCUAAUUGGUCCCAUACAAAGGAUACCACGAUAUCGCCUCCUGCUCGAGGCAUACCUUCGUCGCCUCCCUGACGAUUCUGCAGAUAGGCCAGAAACUGAAAAAGCCCUUGAAAUCGUAUCUAAAGCAGCAGAACACGCCAAUGAGGCUAUGCGACGAAUUGUGGGGUUCAAAAAGUUAUUGGAAGUUCAAGAGAAAGUAAAAGGUGUAGUUGAUCUCGUUAGUCCAACAAGGUUGCUUGUUAAGGAAGGGAAAGUUAGCAAAAUAUCUGCAAGAACGGGCGACCACCAAGAACGGCACAUGUUCCUCUUCAGUGAUUUACUCUUGUUAUGCUCAUCAAGACCAAUAAUGAACAAGAUGAUUUCCAUUGCUCCAUAUCAAUUAAGAGCUAAAUUGGACGUCGGCAUUAUAACAGUGGCGGAGGGAGAUGAUUUGGAAGUUGCUAACACUUUUUAUGUCGAGGAUAAUCACAAGAAGAUUGAGCUCUACACUUCAACGCCUCAAGAGAAAGCUGAUUGGAUGACUGCAAUUCACAAUGCAAGAGAAGAGUUGUUGGAAAGAAAGUCUUCCUUGAGGUUGGGCUCAGCCAGUCCUACGGAAGAUGAACUUGGUCUCAAAGAACCUGCUAAAUUAAAAAGCGAUUCCGUCUCCAAAUGCAUGGAAUGUUAUGCAACGUUCGGAAUGUUGAAGAGAAGGCACCACUGUCACGCUUGUGGGAUUGUUAUUUGUAGCAAGUGCUCAGAUUCGAAAGUGCCAUUGCAAUAUGCAGGAGGAAAAGCUUGCCGAGUUUGCAAACGGUGUAGAACCAUUCUUGCGGAAAAACAUGCAAUUUCAAACAACACGAGCACCUCGGAAGCCACAACUCCGGACGAGUUAGACAGACUGAGAGGUGUUUUAGAUGUUCCUGGCAAUGCCCCCUCGUGUUUAAGUGGACUUUUGCACUUGAGGCUACGAGGAAAGAAAGAGUGGACCCAGAGACUGUUUGCACUUCGGGGAGAUUUUGUGCUUUACUGCUACUCCAGUGAAUCGGAUGAAAGGGCGAUGACUGCCACCCCCAUUCCAGGCAUGACCGUUAUGAUGGUGGAGGAACUUCCCAAGGCGGAAAUGCCCAACCUUGCAAACAACGAAAAGGACCGGACCUUUCGAAUAUCGGGUGGCCAAGGGCACAAAACCUACUUCUUUCUCGCUGCCAAUCGCGCCAUGGCGCUGCAGUGGGUGCAAAAACUAAACUUAGCAGCAAAAGCUGAACUUCAAAAUGGUUCUAAUAGUGCUAUCUCCAGUGCUAAUAAUAAUGCCGACAUAUCAAAGUAAACGCAGAAUACAAAUUAGUAUAAAAUAGUUUACGGCGAAAAGUAAUACGCAAAUGUUAACUAGCUAAUAAACUGACAAGACAGCAAUGUACUGAAAUAGUUCAUAUUAUAGAAUUUGUAUUUUUUCGCUUUAAAUUAAAUAUGAAUAUAGUUUUAUAAUUCACAAUCAGCUUAUUAAAUUUGUAAUUUACUUCAUUUUUUCUUGUUACGGUUUCAACAACUAUUUAAAUUACAUUCUUUGAUAGGUUAUGCAAUUUAGUUGUACACUAUAAACAUAAGUCGAAUUUUGUACUCAUAAUAAACAAAAUUAAACAAUCACAAACAUGCACACACUAAGAUUUGAUUGGAAAUAUUAAAUAUA